AUGCGCUCGCAGACUAAUCGAAACACGAAUGCUCCUCGAAAUUCGACCGUCUUGAAUAUCAACGACCCUGUCGCGGUCCAUUUGUUGGCCGAGACCGCAAUCUCCGAUAGUCAAGGAUUCGAGAUCCUGUCCUUCGAAGAGGUGGAACAGUUGAAGAGGGAGAAACACUAUCUUACAAACAAAAUCGACACCACGAGACGGAAACUCGCUUUGGAAACCAAGUUGCGCGAUGCGGCCCAGUCCUUGAACAGGCUGUAUUCGACUCGCGACAAGGCCAUUGCCAACGGCACUUCGCCGAAGCGGUCGCGCCGGAGUUUGAUUGGAGGCAGACCUAGUUCCGGUGACGACGCAAGCGUGCGGGCCGAUAGCGAGUAUGCUGCCAGUAAUAAAAAAGUUGAGGAAUUCACCCAGGAGUUGGCGGGGCUCGAGAAAAGGCUCGAGUAUGUAGAAAAGCGAAUCUUGGAACACACGGCCGGCGUGCUUCAGAUGACGCACAAAGGAUUGAAGAAGAACAUUCGAAAAACCGAGUUACCCCGGAGUCCGGAAAGCAUGACGAGUCAGCCUAAUGGUCGCCAUUCCGACAUUGACGAAUUCGAUGAACGAAGCCUAUACCAGGUCCCGGACUACGUGACCAAUUUUGGACAAUUACCCGCGGACAGGAAUAGAAACAAGAACAGGAAGAGUGAUAACCAGAUCGUCGAGAGUGUGGCAAGGCAGCUACAAGAACUCAACAACCGGCUCCAUUCGAUGAUUGUCCAAGCCGGUUCGCACGAGCAUUUUGACCCGCCCCCUCAGCCAACUGAUGAGCAUAUGGCCGGGCCGAUACACGCUCAAAUCAAUGCAUAUUUGGGAUAUCUGUCUCAAGGUUUGGGUGUGGUGGAGGCUGCCCAGACCCGAGGCCACAGCACUGCUCAGCAAUCAAUAUUUGAUUCUGAACAUCAGCUGGAGGAUGUGAACAACCGGUUACAUGAUAUGCUGGAGAGAACAAACUCGGUCAGCCACAGUCCUAUGUUGCAUCAGGACGAACCUAGGGGGAAGGAUCUGCAAUCGCAAUUGGCAUAUUCCACCUCUGUUCUAGAUCGCCUCAACCAGAGAGUUGAGACCCUGGUGGAACAAAAGGACAUCCUGACCAGACAAAUACAACAACAACGGGAGCUCAACACAAAGUCUGAUGCCCAGCGCGACGCCAAGAUCAAUGAGCUGACCGAACAACUGGAAGAAUCGAAAAGACUUCAGACAUUGGGCGAGGAAGAGGCCCAGCACGCCCGCGAUCAGAUUACUCUUCUGAUGGAGCAAUUGGAUAUGGCUAAACAGGCCAACGUCCUUCUGGAACAACAGCGAGGUGUCGACGACAGCAGAGCCUUAGAUAUGGAGAGAGCGGCGCGGAAAGAACUAGAAGAUAAGCUUACGGUAGAGUUGGAGGCCAAACAAGAAGAUCUAAGGCGGUUGCAAACCGAGCUGGAAGAACUGCGAACCAAGUCAUCGUCCGAAACCCACCAACUUAUCGAACAGUUGGCAGAGGUGAAAGCAGCGAAAGCCCAGGCAGAAGCCGAACUCCAGAGCUGUCGAGCAGAACUGGCGCAUCUUGAAACAAAGGUUGCCCAACUACAAACCGAGCGAGAUGAAUCUUCUCAAAGUCUUCGCAAACAAAUUGAUGAUCUGGAAACUGCUAGAGCCACGGCAGAGGCUGAGUUAGCCAAGACCCGUGAUGAAAUGAAGGAGCUGGAAGCGGAUGUUGUCCGUGCUCAGACUGAACUCACAAUGGUGAAGGCGGAAUUGGACGGUGCUUAUGGAACACGCGCCCAACGAGCAGCAGAUGUGUCGAUGAACCCCGCCAUUCAAAAGGAGAUCGACGAUCUGAAUAGGCGAAACAAAGAACUCGAAAGCCAGCUUGAUUUCCUCCAGUCUCAGCACGAAACAAAAGGUGUGGGGAGUGCCGAGCUUCAGAACAAGGUGAAUGCCUUGCAAAAGGAACUGAAAGAGACCAUUGAAGAUUACGAGUCUAUGACGAAGCAAAGCAUCGAAGACGAGAAGGAGCGGGAGCGGCUGGAAGAACAGGUCGAUGCUCUUCAACAACGUUGCGAACUACUCGAAUCUCAACUCAGCGAAGAAAAGGUCAAAUGGCUUGGUGUGAAAGCCGGCUCACCUAACGAGACCACGUCUACCAUGGUGCUGAAGAAUGAGUUCAAGAAAAUGAUGCGGGAAACCAGGGCCGAGAAUCUCAGGAGUCUCAAGGCUGAACAGGAAGAACGACGGCGUCUCGAAUCCUUGAUCAAGAGCUUAAAGAAGGAUCUUCAGCAAAGUCGCUCGUCUAAGGAUAUCUCUUCCCCGCAGGCUACUGGUUGA